AUGGAGUUGGCUUCUGCUUCACUCAACUCAUACAAUGCCUUUUCCGUUCGACCGCCGCCUCGAACUUCCCGAAAUUUCUCUCCAACUUUCUCUCUUUUCAGGCCUUCAAUUCGAAGAAAUUUGCCGUAUUUUUCUUCUAAAUCUACAGUUAGGUUUCAAUGUUCUUCUAUUGGAGCUAAUGUUGGUAACACAACUGCAAUAACGAAUGAUUCUGCUAAAGAGCAUAUAACAGUUGGUGUACACCCCAAUCUCACAGAUGACUAUGGACCUUCAACAUCAAAUGAGGAAGAUAAAGCGGAUAAGGAUGUUAUAGAUGAUAGAUUCAGUGACAGUAAAAUGAUCCGCAUUUGUGAUAAACUAAUCAACGUCUUUUUGAUUGACAAGCCCACUCCCUCUGACUGGAGAAGGUUACUGACCUUUAGCAAAGAGUGGAGCAAUAUCCGACCCCACUUCUAUAAGCGGUGUCAGGACCAAGUGGUUAAUGAAAGUGAUCCGGGAAUGAAGCACAAGCUACUCCGGCUUGCAAGAAAGCUUAAAGAGAUUGAUGAUGAUGUUCGAAGGCAUAAUGAGCUUCUUGAUGUGGUCAAGAAGUCUCCCUCCGAGGUUGGUGAAAUUGUUGCUAGGCGUCGUAAACACUUCACAAAAGAAUUUUUUGUUCAUCUCCAGACUGUGGCAGAAUCUUACUAUGAUAAUCCAACAGAACAAAAUGCUGUGGCAAAGCUUGGUAAUAUGUGCUUAGCUUCUGUACAAGCUUAUGAUACUGCAACUGAAAGUAUAGAUGCAGUCAAUGCUGCGGAGUUGAAAUUUCAAGAUAUAAUCAAUUCUCCAUCUUUAGAUGCUGCUUGCCGGAAGAUAGAUAAUUUGGCUGAGAAAAAUGAACUUGAUUCAGCUUUGGUUCUGAUGAUUACGAAAGCUUGGUCAGCUGCUAAAGAGUCAAACAUGAUGAAAGACGAGGUGAAAGAUGUGUUGUAUCAUUUAUAUACGACGGCAAGAGGUAAUCUCCAGAGGCUUAUGCCAAAAGAAAUCAGGAUACUCAAGUACCUUCUUACAAUCGAAGACCCUGAGGAGCGCUUAGGUGCUUUGAAGGAUGCUUUUACCCCAGGAGAGGAACUCGAAGGAAAGGAUAUAGACUGUCUCUUCACGACACCGGAAAAGCUGCACACCUGGAUUACGACUGUGGUUGAUGCAUAUCAAUUCAGUAGAGAGGGCACUCUUAUAAGAGAAGCAAGGGAUUUGAUGAAUCCAAAUAUAAUCCAGAAACUGGAAGACUUGAGAAAAUUGAUUCAAGAUAAUUUUAUAGCCCCUCCAAGUGAACGUAAUGCAAUAAAUUAUGGUGAUGACAAAGUGGAUACUUGGCCUUCUUUUGCAAUUUUGAAGCUCAGCCCUGAAAUGUUUGCAACAUAA